AUGGCGGCUGCACGGGCGCACGUGGAGAGGCUUCGGCGGGAGCGGUACUACAUCGGGCGCGGCGAGCAGAACCCGCUGGCGGAGGACAUGCACCAGGCGGUGAACUACCUGAGCCAGGAGCUCUACUCCAAGGACGUCCACUUCCUCGUGGAGCUCGUCCAGAACGCUGAAGACAAUGAGUACCCUGAUGUAGUAGCACCUUCAUUGGAGUUUCUAGUAACAUCAACUGACAUCACUGGAUCUGGUGCAUCGUCAACUUUACUCAUUUUCAACAACGAGAAGGGCUUCUCUCCAUCGAAUAUUCAGUCUAUUUGUGGCGUGGGCAAAUCAACGAAAAAAGGAAACAGGGACAAGGGUUACAUUGGAGAGAAAGGUAUUGGAUUCAAAAGUGUGUUCCUGAUAUCAAGCCAGCCCCAUAUAUUCAGUAAUGGGUAUCAAAUCAAGUUUAAUGAGAAGCCGUGUCCAGAAUGCAAUAUUGGAUACAUUGUCCCAGAGUCGGUUGAAUCCAGGCCUAGCCUUUCAGAUAUCAAACAGAUAUAUGGGUCUACCAGAGUCCUUCCAACAACCUGUAUCGUCCUGCCUUUGAAGGAUGAGAAGGUCACUGCGGUGAAGCAGCAGCUUUCGAGCUUGCAUCCAGAAAUGCUACUGUUUCUGUCAAAGAUCAGGCGGCUUUCUGUCCGUGAAGAUAACGGCAACGCUAGAGGCAGCACUGUUAGUGAGAUUUCAAUAUCGAGUGAGAAGAACUUUGAAGUGAGGAAGAACAUGCACGCGGAGUCUUACACGGUCUUUUUAUCUGCUCAAGAGAACGAGAGUGAAGCAGAGUGCGGGUACCAUAUGUGGAGGCAGAGGUUCCCUGUCAAGGCAGAGAACAGGGUGGACAAGCGUACUGAAAUCGAUGAGUGGGUCAUCACCCUAGCCUUCCCUCUUAAGGAGCGACUAUCCCGUGGGAAGCAGCUAUCCCCUGGCGUAUAUGCUUUCCUUCCCACGAAGAUGGUAACGAACUUCCCCUUCAUCAUUCAGGCUGACUUCCUCCUUGCAUCAUCAAGAGAGGCAAUACUGUUCGAUAGUCCAUGGAACAAGGGAAUUCUGGAGUGCAUCCCAAGUGCUUUCAUGAAUGCUUUUGUAGCACUUGUCAAGUCCAGAGCAGAUGCGCCAGGAAUGUCGAUUCCGUCGAUGUUCCAUUACCUGCCAGUCAGUCCUUCGCUGAUCCCUUUACUUGAGCCUGUUAGGUCUGGCAUCAAAGAGAAGGUUCUCGUCGAGGAUAUAGUUCCAUACAGUUGGCAAAACUUUUCCAGUACAAAGAUGAUGCAAAUUCCUCUGCUGAAGUAUGUUGACAGGAACAAAAAUGUCUCUGUCUGGAGCAUAUCUAGAGCUAGUCAGUGGAGUGAUAGACUGUGUAUUGCAUCUGAUGGGAAGUGGAUGUCAUGGCUUAUUAGCUGGAACCAGGAGUUUCCAUCUUCUAACCGCCUUUUUGUGUCUCCCCGUACACAAACAGCUCUGCAAGGUUUCGCACAGAAGGAAAAAGUGACAUACUGGCUUCAGAGCUAUGCAAAAGUGGAGGUUGUAUCUGUAUACAGUUUCGGGAAUAUUGUGGUUAAAUCCUUGAACUAUGAUAGAAGGCCUGCCAUUGCUUUUUCUCACUUUCUGUACCAUUCAUCCAAUAAGAAUUACAUGGAGAGCUACCAGUUAGCAGACCUGUGUCGUAUCAUGCCGGUAAUUGACAACUAUGGCAAUGCCGUCACGGAACGACAAAGCAUUCUAGUUCCUGCAAAUGGUAGCAAAUGGGUUGGACUGAUGGGCAUAAACCCAUGGAGGAAUGAGAAAUACAUCGAACUGUCAGCAGAUUACAAUUCAGCAGGUCAUUUCGCCGGGAACUACACACCUGAAGAUCAGAUCUUGGAUUUUCUCAAGACAAAGGUGCAGGCCUCAGAUGUGCCGUUCAUACACCCCCCAAAUGCAAGGUUCCCUAUAGCAUCAUCACAUCUGACUGUGGACAAUGCAAUCUUGCUACUGCAAUGGAUACGCAAUUUGAAGUCAAAAGGUGUACAACUACCAGCUAGUUUCUUGGCUUCUGUGAAAGAAGGAAGUUGGCUGAAGACAUCAGUCGGAUACAAGCCCCCGGCUGAAUCAUUUAUGUCCAGUUCUGAGUGGGGUAAUCUCUUGCAAAAUGGGUCUUCCUGUGUUGAUAUACCAAUGAUCGGUCAACAGUUCUAUCAAAACAAAAUGCAUGCAUACAAGGAGGAACUUCAGGUGAUCGGGGUAAGAUUUGAAUUUGGGGAGGCAUCCGCUUACAUCGGUAGACGGCUCAUGUCGAUGGCUACAAGCAAUAUGCUGACCAGACAACAUGUAUAUGAGCUGCUUCGGCUGAUUCGGUUUCUUCAACAGAAGGUUCUGUCACCAAGUAAACUAGUCAACAGCGUGAAAGAUGGUCGAUGGAUAAUAUAUGAUUCAGACUGGGCAGCUGCAUCUUGUAUCAGUACCCAGCCAUUCCUUGAUGUUGGAUUCUAUGGUGAGUCCAUCCUUGACUACAAACAAGAGCUGAAGUUGCUUGGUGUUCAAGUUGGGUUUGAAAACAGUGAAAAGAUUUACAAGCUUGUAAUUGAUAAUUUCAAGUUUAGUUCUUCAUCCAUUACUUCAGAUGCUACUGCACUAAUCCGCAAGUGUAUCCGGUAUGCUAGCCCAUGUGAUGAUUUCUUGAGGAAGCUCAGAGAUUUGAAAUGGCUGAAGACCAACGUAGGAUUCCGUGCUCCUGGUGAAUCUUUUCUUCUGGAUCAGGAGUGGGAGUGCCUUCUAAAGGUGUUCGACGUAGUUCCUGUAGUUGAUUCUUGGUUUUAUGGGAGUAAGAUCAGCCCGUACAAAGAAGAGUUGAAGAAGACAGGGUUGAUCACAGGAUUUGACCAGGCAUCAAAGGCUGUAGCAAACAUUUUCAAGCAGAUGGUCCGGAAGUCAUCGCUUACAAAGGCAAGUGUCCUGGCUCUUCUAGCUUGUUAUUGGAAGCUGAGAACACGCGACCCAAUUCCUGUUGAUCUUUUCAACUGCAUGCGGAGUGAGAAAUGGCUAUGCACAUCACUGGGAUUCAGGUCACCGUCGGAGGCAAUCUUAUUUGAUGAAGGUUGGCAGUCUCUGUCGCCAAUAGCAAGCUUGCCUUUCAUCAAUGAUGGUGACUCUAAUGGUGGUUUAGGCAAAGAGAUACAUGGUUACAAAGCUGAGCUGAAAGAUUUAGGUGUCACAACAGAAGUGAAGGCUCAUGUUGCUAGGCCUACCAUCACUGGUCUCAACAUUUGUGAUAACCCUGUAGACAUUUCUGCAGCUAGGUUUGUCAUCAGUGGUCUCAACAUUCCCGCAGACCCUGCAGCCAUAUCUGCUGCUACCGUGUUGUCACUGCUUGGAUCUGUCAAGAGCUGGCUGGCCUGUACAGCAACAUUUCCCAAGGAAUUUAUGAAGGAAAUCACUAGCUGCAAGUGGUUGAAGACAACACUUGGAUACCAAUCUCCUGAUGGAAGCAUACUCUUUGACCCAAAGCAGUCUUCCAUCUGCAUAACAGAUGGCCCUUUCAUCGAUGAAUCUUUCUAUGGUUCAGAGAUCGCCUCAUUCAAGGAUGCACUGGCGGCAAUCGGAGUAACUGUGGAUGUUCGAUGUGGGCAUGGCCUUGUUGCUCAGCAUAUGAGGAGCCACAAAGAAACUGCUACCAUCUCCAGGAUCUACUUGUACCUCAAGGAGUGCAGCUGGGGGCUGAGAAGAACAAAGAGGAACAACCUCUUCAGCCAGCAGAUGCAUGUGUUGGGCAGAUACUAUGAUGACAGGAAGCUGCUGGACUUCUUCUCAUCUGUUCUCCGCGUGAGGCAUUGCCCCGAUGCCGAAGACCACUGCAAGCUCUGGAGCGCAUGGGAGAGCUCUGGCGGUGAGAUAUCCAAGGAGGACGUGUUCAUUCCUGAUGAUCUUCUGCUUAAGGAUCUGUUCGACAAGCUUCCUCGACAAUCCAUUUUUAUCUGGUACCCGCCUUCCAUCUCUCGAGCAAGGCUCAACAACGUGUAUGGCAGCAUCGGUGUUCAGGCAGUAUCCAAAGCCGCCGAGAAGAGCGAUUCUUUUGUUGCCUUGGGCCAGGAUGGCAGUUGCAAAACGGCUGCUGGCCAGCGUGAGGUGAUCAGUGCCGGUCUGGUCCAGAUAGUCCUUGCUUUCCUUGCUGAUCCGGCUCUUGACAUUGCUUCCAAAGAGCGGCACACCAUGCCGAUCACGGUGGGGUACCGCGUGAAGCUGUCCUCUGGAGAGGCUGUGGACGUGGAGGCCAGCCAGAUGAUCAGGUGGGAGAGGGAGAGCUCAAAGCUGUAUGUUCAGCAAAGCAAUGGUGCUGGUGCUGCAGCUGGUUACAAAGAGAAGAUCGAGUUUGCGACGAACUUUGCUGAUGAGGUAGCUCGAGGACUGCUCUUCGAGACGCCGGACCGCAUCCCUUGGCUUGCUGAACUCGUGAAGGUCGGCAGCCUGGUGGACUUCCAGGAUGAUGCUGUUAAGUACCUGCUAAAGUCGAAGAAUCUGCAGCUGUUCCCUGAAGACGAGGCGUUCCUGAACGUUGCAUUACUAGGUCUGUCCCUCCCUGACAAACUCAGAGAGUUCAUCUCACUAUAG